AUGGGACUCUAUCUGCAGCAGUUCUUGCUUGCCACUUGCACACAUGCUGCCUUCACCCUAGCUGCCCAGCCCCAGAUACUGGCAGAUACCAACCGCGAUGGUGUUGUCAAUGACCUUGACAUAAACGCCAAGCAGACCUGGACCGAUCAGCGUGGCGCCAUCUUCAUACCCAACAUCGGAGACGUUCACCAGCGCUGUUCCGCUUUUGACGUCAAUGGUAAGCCACUGGGCAACAAGGAGCUGUCGAUGUGCAAUGAUGCAUCGGGCGAUACACUUGUUGCGCCCGAGUAUGCUGCUCCCGUGCGAACCAGCCCCAUUUCCAAUCUCUCAGCCGAUGCCACGGGAAGGAUCUACACCCUUCCAGAAUCGACCCUCGGCCGGGUCCGCAUCUUUUGGAAUCAAGCUGGAUUCGAGAACGAGUAUAACUCCUCGUGGAGAUUGACUGAUUCUCAAUUCACAUUUAAUGCUACAAGCAUUGGUGGAGGACUCGAGCUAGCAGUCGACGCUACAGAGCUUGUGACCGGAUCUACCUCGUGGGACGGACGGGUCUCCAUCGUCUACGAGAUCACGGAGGCCAAUGUCACACGCUCAGACUCAGUUGCCUUGCAGCAAGCCCCAGUUCUCUUCCACCAUCACCUACAAGAUGUGGAGACGGUUUUGACGAUGGAUGCCAACGACACCACGUCAAGCCAAGCUCGGUUCGUUCAAUCCAUCCAAGACACCCUCGAGCAUAUCCCAGGCGGUUUACCCCUGAGGAAGCUUGAACCAGUUGGCGAACCUUGGGCUCAGGAUUUCAUGGAGCCAGGUUAUGUCAGUAUGCCUGGGCCUAAUGGGACGAUAUCUAUACGGGUCCUUGUGCGAUCUGCGCAGUCUACUCGAAUCUCUGGCCGCAAGGUGUUCAAGGAGCUAAGAGGUCCCGGUGUCGGUGGCCAUCAGCUUGGGCUAGGAUCCGGUUUCGGCCAUGAGGAAAUCAAUUCAGGCGGCAACAUCGAGACCAUCCCUCCUUAUACUUCCAGAUCCGGUAGGCACUGGGCCCAGGGAAGGAUUAUCACGGCAAAGCAUUUUGAUAAGUACCCGGCUGAAUCGAUGAUCGACUUCAUGGUUGCUCAGGAGGCACAGUCACCUCUGUUUCUCGAGGCUGGGUGGCUUGCUGUAGGACAUGUCGAUGAGUUUGUGCAGUUCCUUCCUUCAGAUAACCACCUUGGUUUCACGAUCGCCGUCGGAGAUGCAAUGUUGGGGCUCGAGGUGCUCCAAGGGGCCCAAGCCGAUGGCCAUGGCUCUGCUAUCGUGAACAGCUUUGAUGGAGACAUGACACCAUAUCCCAACGCCGUCUUCCUCGAUCCUAAAACUAGGAACAAGACCAUCGACAGCCUCCUUUCUAAUCAGGAUUUCAUCCAGGCCAACAAAUACGGCCAGAGCUACGUGCAACAGAAUCUCAACCUCCUCCUGCAAGAGAUCCCCCUCGACGAGUCAGAGGUGCUCCGGCUGCCGGUCCUGUGGCGAGACGUGACGUACCCCUGGCCUCUCACACUAGACGGUAUCCCGCCACGGGUGCAUAGGACGAUCCCCGGCGAGAGGCAGCUGGUCGCGUACAUGCCAGCCGCAGUGAACGGACUUGUUCUCGGCUCGGACUACAUUUCGGCGAAGCCCUGGGGCCCACUCAUUAACGGCCAGGACCCCUUUGAGCAGGCGAUCAGGGACGUGUAUGGCAGGGUGAACAUGACGGUGCAUUUCGUGGACGAUUAUAUGUCGCAUCACGUUCAGGGCGGAGAGGUGCACUGCGGGACAAACUCACUACGAGACACCAGCAUACCGUGGUGGAGUACUUGA